CCAUACCACGGCGCACGCGCCAAUGUUACCGCUACAACCUAUUUGGUUCACAUAGAGGUUGUAUAGGAACAUCUUAAAUAAUUAAAAAUAAAUUAAAAAAAUAAAACGUUGAGUUCGAAAUUCGUAAAUCGAAGCGAACGUGUUUGACAAUAUUUCGAAUUCCGCGCGUCUUUUUUUAUUGAUUGGCGGGAUCUCGUAGUGUUGCAAAUUGAAAAAUUUGAGGUGAUUAUUACGAAGUGUUUUGCAGUCUUUGAAUAAAUCAAAAUGUUCCACGGAGGUAUAUGGGCAAAGCUGCAAGGCUUCUAUAAGUGGUAUGUGCUGGGGCUGGUGUCGAUCGGCUACAUCCUAGGAGAGCUCGGACAUUAUCUUAUUGGUACUACAUCGAAGGUGACGGCAGAUGAUCUCCACUACGGGGACAAGUCAUGCAUGCUGAACCUGACGCACGUGUCACUGAGCGACUUACCGGUCGUCUGCGAGAAAGUCAACUCUAGUGAUAUAUGCGAGACUCUAACUCUAAACGGGACGCGGUACUGUGAAUGGGGGUACAAUGGACUGGGUAUCGACUACCAGGUGCUGGCUGGCCCCGCCUUUAUGGCAGUGUUCACUGUCGUUGGAGUUAUACUUGGCGUGGUCGCUGAUAAAUUCAACAGAGCACGAAUCCUUUCCUUCUGUACCCUAGUCUUUGUGAUCGCGAUCCUUCUGAUGGGAACUGUCAAGGAGUACUGGCAUUUAGUCGUCUUACGUAUGAUAAUGGCGGCAGGAGAAUCCGGGUGCAAUCCUCUAGCUACGGGCAUUCUGACUGAUUUGUUCCCUGAGAAACAGAGGGCUCUGGCGUUGUCCAUCUUCAACUGGGGCAUCUAUGGAGGAUAUGGUAUCGCCUUCCCUGUUGGACGUUACAUUCCUGAUGUGAAUGCUUGGGGACUGAGCUGGCGUGUGUGUUACUUUGGAGCCGGUAUCGUCGGUCUUGUCAUCACGGUGCUCACCUUCCUCACUCUUCGGGAGCCUUCCAGAACAACGAUUGGAGAAGAAGGUACCACAAAGACAAAUGAUACGACAGUGGAGUCCGGCAAGAAGAUCCCUCAGGUGACCAUCUGGCAUGUGAUUGCGCAGCCCAGAAUUAUUCUGUUGUGCCUGGCUGCCUCUAUCAGACAUUGUGGUGGUAUGUGUUUCGCGUACAACGCCGACCUGUACUACCGUGAUUACUUCCCCGAUGUGGAUCUAGGCUGGUGGCUGUUCGCUGUCACUGUUGGUAUCGGCUCCGUUGGUGUCGUCGCUGGAGGAGUCAUCUCGGACAAGUAUGUGGAGAAGAUGGGUGUUCGUUCAAGAGUGCUGGUUCUUGCGUUGUCUCAGCUGAUUGCCACCCUCCCCGCCUUCGGUUCUGUGGUGUUUGGACCUCUGUGGGCCAUGAUCACUCUAGCUAUUUCCUACUUCUUCGCUGAGAUGUGGUUCGGAAUCGUUUUCGCCAUCCUUGUGGAGAUAGUGCCAUUGUCAGUCCGAUCCACCACAGUCGGAGUGUUCCUCUUCGUGAUGAACAACGUGGGAGGCAACCUGCCUAUCCUGGUCGACCCUGUCUCCAAGAUCAUCGGUUAUAGAGAGGCCAUCAUGAUCUUCUACGCUGGAUUUUAUGGCAUCAGCAGCAUAAUGUUCUUCCUAACAAUGUUCCUGAUGGACGGCCCUGUAGAGAAACCAGCUACAGAGGAACCAGUGAACAAACGCAGUGGUCUCGACAACAGAGCCUUCACUCAAGACGAACUCCCCGCCAGAAAUACAGGCAGACCCCUACCUUCUGCAGUUAACGAGAGAUUGUAAAUUAUAAAAGGACUUCUAUAAUGCAAUUUGGGGCCGCGACAGAAAUAUAUUCGUACACUGUUAGCAAAACAAACUAGCAACGAGGCCCCAGGGCCGUAAUUAGGUCUUUGGGUGCAAUAAAGUACAAAAUAAAUGCAUGACAGGACUUUGUAUAUAGCUUACGACAGAUACUUAAUUAUUGGUAAAUUUUAUAAAGAAUUAUGCGUUAUUUCCAAAGGUAAUCGUUAUCGUAAUGUAGAUAUUAGGUAUGAUUUUUUAAAUAAAAUUAUUUCGCAAUACGUACCGUACCUAAAUGCCGUAACCGAAAUGUUCUUCGAAAAGUAGAUUGUUUGAUCCGCCUAAGCGAUAUCAGGUUUGUAAGUUUAUAGAAAGGUUUAAAUAUGACAUUUCUCAUACAAUGCAUGUUCCUGUAGGAGUAAGCAAAAUAUUUUAUGGCCGAUUCAUUAAAACAGCGCUAAAAUAAAGUUUCUGACUGACUUAGCCUGUAUGUAUGAAGAAGCUUAGAUCUGAUGCUGAUCAUUAUAAUGUGCAUUGUCGUUAGUACCUUUAAGGUAUGUCUGAGUGUUAAGUUUUAUUUUAAGUUAUUUUUAAGUUGUGUUAAGGUCGUUUUAUUUAUUUUCAUCGUGAAUUCCAAGUUUAUUCAAUAUUGCUGUUUAGAAAUUAACAUAUUGAAUUAAUAGAUCUGAUAGUAAUCCGAAUCUCAACUACUUUUUAUUACGAAACAAUGCGUCAACAACGGACUACACAUAAAAUUACGUUAAUUUUUAAACAGACUAUGAUAAACUAUAAUUAUUUCGAACACAAAAGUUGUUUUUAUGCCUAAUUUUGAGUUUAUUUACAAUAAAUUUAUUACAUUAAAAUGAAAAAUGUACAAAUCAAUAUAAUAUACGAUUUAACUUCUACAUAUAAGCAAUUGCUGUUACAACUUAGGUAGGUACGAACCUACAUUGUAGUCAAAUUCAAAUCAUAUUAUUUUAAAUUACGAUAAAUUGAAAAGUUCUAAAUAAAAUGAAAUGCAGUUGUUAUGUGAUAAUGAUCUUUUGUACAUAUUUAUUUCAUAGUUUUAUGUGAUUAUUGUAAAUAAAUGUUUUAU